AUGGUAGCAAGUACUGAGCAGGAAAAGCCUUCGGAGGUUUCCGAAGAAAAAGCGAAGGUCAUCAAGACUUUGGAAGAGGAUGAUGAAUUCGAAGACUUCCCAGAAGAUGACUGGACAGAUGAUAAAGCGGUGGGAUCAACGCAGCACGGACAUCUUUGGGAUGAUAGUUGGGAAGAUCACGACGAUGAUAAUGAUAAUUUCACGCAGAAACUAGCGUAA